AUGUCUCCUGUUCAACAAGAACUAUAUCAACGAUUUUUAGAUGUAGUUUUAAAUGACAACACCUGUAAAACAAAUAAAUACAACAUGUAUUUAAGUGUUUUUAUGGUUAAAGACAAUUAUGAAAGGUUUCAGAAUAUCGCAAAUGCACUAGUGGAAGAUGAAAUGUCUUCAACGUAUACAUGGAUUCUUCAAUGUUUAUUAAAAGCAACGGGUAUUACCCCAAAAUCAUUUUGGACAGAUUCUGAGCCUGGUUUGAUUAAUGCCAUUUCGCAAGUCUUUCCUACCACACCACAUUUUUAUUGCUUAUUUCACAUUUGGCAAAAUGUUAUAAAACAUCUUAAAGCCAAGUUGGGUUCAAAUUUCAACCAUUUCGCCAAAGCUUUCUAUGCCUGCAGAAAUGCGUUAUGUGUAGAAAUUUUUGAGAAACGCUGGAAGCUAAUGAUAGAAAAUUUUUCGGAGUGCAAAAAUUACAUGGCCAGAUUAUAUACCAAUCGAAUCAGUUGGGCUAAGGCUUAUUUACUAUUACAAUUUAAUGCCGGCAUACAAAACACUCAAAGUGUAAAAUCAUUUAAUAAUAUUAUCAAAAAGUCUUUAAAUGAUGCCAGCACGCUUUGUGAUGUUGAAAUAGCAAUUGAUAAGAGUAUUGAUAAGGUUUUUACAGAAUUCUUAUCAUCACUUAUAUUAUCUUGGCAACGGUUUCAGGACAAAAAUGUUGACACAAUAGAUAAUAAUUUUGUAGAAGAUGUAGAUGACGAACUCCAAGUAACAUUAAAAGCUAUGUUAGAUGACGAGAUUCUAAUAAAAUUUGAUAAUGUUCUUGAAAAUUCACCAGUCCUUACAGCAAUAUCUACUAAUAGUGCAAUACCAUAUGAAGUGGAUUUUACUCUCAAAAGUUUAAAACAUAUACAAGGGUCUGACCAUAAAGAAAACAUACAACAAAUUAUUCCUCAAAGAAAUAGGUUCGGAGUAGCGUUCUCAAUUGCGAAAACAGCAAUUAAUAUCGUGUUGGAAACUAAGAGCGAUAAUGAGUUAGUUCAAAUGUUAAAAAGCUUUAUUUUAUCUAAAACAAAUAGUAAUGAAGAUAGUUUAGAAGAGAAUAUAGCCGCAGGAAGUAACAAUAAUAAAAAUAAUCAAAGUGAUAGUGAAAUACUUCCCUUACAACAGCGUUUAAUAGCCCAAACAACAAACCCUCAUGUUACGAAAAUUAGAGGAGCUCCUUGUAAAAGAAGGAUCAAAGGUGCUAUGGAAGGUAAAAAGGUGGGUGAAGUUGAUAGUGAAGAAGCAAAAGCAUAA